AUGUGGCAGCUCACCUCUGCUGACCCCCAGUUCCCAGCCAGACCCACCCUCCUCUUCCUAGCCUUGCCGUACCCCAGACCACGACCAGCCUUAGGAAUCCAUGGACUCUGGUGUUCCUCUCCCCGCUCUCCACCAUCUCUCCUGGCUCAGUCCUUUGUGCAGAAACCAGGGUGGGCUGAGGCCUCUGGAAACCGGGGAGCAAGGGGGUGGCCCUCCCUCCACCCCCCACCCUCUGCCUGCAGCCCUGGCUUGUUUUCGUUUCGUUCUCACUUCUCUUCCUCGGCCAAUGAUUUCCCCCCGCUCCCUGAGCCCUCUGUCUUCACGCCAUUUUCCUCUCUGAAGGUCAGUCAAGUACACAUGCUUUCUCCGUCCAAAAGCUAA